CCUGACUACGUUCAAUGAGGUGGACAUGUCAUCGCUGAUGGAAUUCCGCAAACUUUACAAGGACGAUGUUCUGAAGAAGGACGGUGUGAAGCUUGGCUUCAUGAGUGCCUUUGCGCGCGCGACCGUUCUCGCCAUGCGUGACAUUCCGGCCGUGAAUGCUUCAAUUGAAGGCCCCAAUGGUGGUGACACCAUUGUGUACCGUGAUUUAUGUCGACAUCAGCGUGGCUGUUGCAACCGAGAAGGGUCUUUGUGACACCCGUCGUGGCGCAACACAGAGUUCCAUGGGGCAUGGUUGGCAUUGAACAGGCAAUUGCCGACAUGGGCAAGAAGGCUCGUGACGGCAAGCUCACGAUUGAGGACAUGGCUGGUGGGACUUUCACUAUCAGCAAUGGCGGCGUUUUUGGUUCCCUCAUGGGAACUCCUAUCAUUAACCUUCCCCAGACUGCCGUUCUUGGUCUCCAUGCCAUUAAGGAUCGCCCGAUUGCUGUCAAUGGCAAGGUCGAGGUUCGUCCCAUGAUGUACCUCGCUCUCACCUACGACCAUCGCCUACUCGACGGGAGGGAGGCCGUGCAGUUUUUGGUGAAGAUAAAGGAGUACAUUGAGGAUCCAAGGAGGAUGCUGCUGUAAGAUGAUAGUGUAGUCUGUAUAACAUGGAUCGAGAGUGGUAUGGCGGCGUUGUUUAUAGAUAGUAAGGAUUUCAGCUUCGCCUUGAUUAUAUGUUGAAUGUUUAACUACUUGAUUUGCUCUG